AUGGCGGAUCAGAAUGAUGUAGACCUCGAUUCCAUUAUCGACAGACUGUUGGAAGUUCGGGGCAGCCGUCCAGGCAAGCAAGUCCAGCUUUUGGAGGCAGAAAUCCGCUAUCUCUGCACCAAGGCCCGUGAGAUCUUCAUCUCGCAGCCAAUCCUAUUAGAGCUUGAGGCGCCAAUCAAGAUAUGCGGUGACAUCCACGGCCAAUAUUACGAUCUCCUCCGCCUAUUCGAAUAUGGUGGCUUCCCUCCCGAGGCCAACUAUCUCUUCCUCGGAGAUUACGUUGACAGAGGAAAGCAAUCGCUCGAGACGAUCUGCCUGCUGCUUGCCUACAAGAUCAAAUACCCCGAAAACUUCUUCAUCUUGCGUGGCAACCACGAGUGUGCUUCCAUCAACCGCAUCUAUGGAUUCUAUGACGAAUGCAAAAGGAGGUAUAACAUCAAGCUUUGGAAGACAUUCACAGACUGCUUCAACUGCUUGCCUAUUGCGGCAAUCAUUGACGAGAAGAUUUUCACAAUGCAUGGUGGUCUCAGUCCAGAUUUGAACUCGAUGGAGCAGAUCCGCCGCGUCAUGCGCCCCACUGAUAUUCCCGACUGCGGUCUGUUGUGCGAUCUCCUCUGGUCAGAUCCAGAUAAAGAUAUCACUGGCUGGAGCGAAAAUGACCGAGGUGUCUCCUUCACUUUCGGCCCAGACGUCGUAUCCCGAUUCCUCCAAAAACAUGACAUGGAUCUAAUCUGCAGAGCUCAUCAAGUGGUCGAAGACGGCUACGAAUUCUUCUCCAAGCGACAAUUGGUCACCCUCUUCAGCGCACCCAACUAUUGCGGGGAGUUUGACAACGCAGGAGCAAUGAUGAGUGUGGAUGAGAGUUUGUUAUGUUCGUUCCAGAUCCUGAAACCAGCGGAGAAAAAACAAAAGUACGUUUACGGUGGCCUUGGUGCUAGCAGGCCCGUCACUCCUCCGAGGAAGCAUAAGUAG